AGAACGACCAACCAGCGAGCAGCGGUGGCAGCGGCAGCAGCAGCAUCUAGCGUAUACACGCGGCAGUUCGUAUCGACAACAAUAAAGCAUAAUAAUAAUAAUAUUUUUGUUUUCCGUCCGUUUUCGACUUUCGAAUCUGCUGUUAUCCGCCUGUACUCCUAUAGCCGUUUGGCCGUGUCCGAGUCACGAACACGACUACUGUCGCCGUCGUGGAAACGUCCGUUAAACGCUAUGCUCAUUCGUCUAGCAUUCGGAACGACGACGGCCGGAAGCGUUAAGCAGUUAACUAUUCAAAAUCAAAUGGAUUGUCGGUUGUCGGCCGUUGCGUCGUCAUAACGGUUGUUUCCAUUUUUGAUCGAUAAAUGAAUAGGUGAGCGCACGUUUACGUACUUGUCUUAUUAUUGGCUUUUUUUUUUUUUCUCGUCUCCGUGCUAAUGAGUAAUGCUUUAUAUGCAUUUAUCGUAUCAAAUGACGUUUGUUCCGUUUCAUUUUUUAUUUGCCUACAACGUAUGUACGGUCGCUUUUCGCCCGUGCGACGGUGUAACGAUUUGAUAUUUAUUAUCACGGGGAUAACACCGAUACGUGUUUGACAGUCCGGAGACGAUUGCCAUUGUAUUGUUAUAAUUUGAGUAGACCACACGCAAUUUGAAUUUCUUAUGACCUUGGCCCUUGUCAGUUGCGUAUUUCAAAUUUGUACGCGUAUUGUGUCGAAAAUCCGGAGAUCUGUACACCCAAUACCGUUUUCAUGGUAUUUUUUCGGUGUUGCACACAUGUAUUAAACGAUAAGCAAAUCCAAUGUGUUUGACUUUGCAAGUACUGACGGAUACGCGGAUUAAAUUGGAUUUUCUGUCUACGAAAUUCUAUACAAAUAUACCUAAUUAAUAUUAUUUACCGCUUGCAAUAUUUAAAUACGAAUAUUGUUCUUAAAUUAAAAAUACAAAAACAAUUACCUAUCUAUUGUAGUUAUUUGAAGCGUGUGGAUCUUUUACUGCAUCAUUCACCAUCUUCUGUUAUCAAAUAUUGUGUGUUAAGCAUUCGUAUAUUUAUGUAAGUAGGUACUAAUAUGUUUAGUUUUUAAAUUUUAUUGUUAUAUGCAAUUCAGUAAGGUGCUUUUUAACAGAACAAAUUGUGUAUUGUAAAUAUUCAAUGAAAUUCCAUAAGGCUACAUAAUAUUUGUAUCCUAUAAUUUAAAUGUUUUUCCCAAGUAUUUUUGCUGAUUAUGGUAUCUAAUACAGGUAAUUUUGACAUUGGUGUUAUUAAAUCUGUGAAAUUACUUUGGUAUGAAAUAAGUGGUAAAUUGUCAUAAAUUUUAGUUAUUUAAUUAUUAUCAAGUUUUAUAAUGGAUGUCAUAAUAGCAUAUAGUUAGGACAGUUAGGUACAACAAUUUAUAACUUGAUUGAUUUCAUUUGUUUGUUAUGCAUUCCUUAUUUUGUAAUAACUAAGUACUUACUGUUUGUGAAGAAAUUCUGGUCUGAUUUGAUUCAAUGAUGUUCUUUUAUUUUUUAAAUUUCAAUGUAUAGGUAUUAAAUAGAAAUAUAUAAUAUCACCGCGAUUAUGACUAACCAUUAUGCUUGUAUUUCAAUAAUUGUUUUAUUUGAAUAUGGCAUUAUUUAAAAUUAAUUGUAGGACAUAAAAUUGUAGUGUACUUAAUUUUAGAAGUACAAACAGUAUUAGCAGGUGUCUAUAAUAAUAAGCUAUUAAAACUGACAAAUUUGGUAAUUGACAGUUUCAAUAUAAUAUGUUUAAUAAAGUAUGAAGGUAUCUAUAUCUUUUAGGGUAAGUAUAUCGACAUUUUUUUCUAUAUUAGUGUACUUCUACCUAAUUACUGAUUUAAAUAAAGCCUGGUACAUAUUUAAAAAAAAUAAAGUUAUAGUUAAUUGUAGUUCCCUAGUAUUAUUUUUUUCAUUUAUAUUGACUUCAAAAUAAUUAGGAUAAAUAUUAGUAGGUGGAAAUAAAUUUUUGAAGUACCACUACAGAGAAUAUUUAAAUAUUCAUACUUAAAUAGGUAAUUAAGAACACUGAAUAUUUACACAUUUCAAAAUUUAAAUUUGGGUUUAUUUAUUUCGUUUUUUAUUAGUAGAAAUUGCUUGCUGAGAUUGUCUUUUUGCAGACUUUGUGUUUAAUACUAAUACUAAACUUUGAUAGUUAAAAUGAAUACACAAAUUCAACAACAUUCUAAUAAAGAUUUAACUUAACUAAUGACUCAUAUCUUUAGAUAUUACUACAGGGCUAUGAUGUUGUUAUUCAUUGAUGAAACUAAUUUAGAGAGUUAGAGUAAUACUAAAUUAACUUUUAAAGUUAGCCUCGUUAAUUCUAAUCGCAUUAGUUCGUUUUUAUAUUUGGUAGGCACCUUUUAUAAAUAUAUAUUGUUACUCAUUUGUUUCAUGUAAGUACUUGAUUAUUAUAGCUGUAUAUAUAUAUAUAUAUAUAUACAUAAAAGUAAAAUAAAUUAAAUUGUUUUGAUUUUUCUAUAUGUAUAGUGGUAUCUUAAUUAUCUAAGCUUCAACAAUUUGAAUCUAAUAACACCUUAACUUAUAGAAAAAAAAAAUUCAUUAAUUUUACCUGGUCUAACAUUGAUAAUUUCAUUCUUCAUCUAUAUAUAAUAUGUAAUAUGCGUAAUUCUUGUAUGUUAAAUUUAAAAAAAAAAAAAUUGUGUACUUAAUUUGAUGUAUGGAGUGGGUAUUUAUAAUAUGUUUCAUUGGCCUUUAUGAAUGACAAAUUCAACAUUUUCGAUUUAAACCAUUCAAACAUAUUAUAUGAUAUCCAAUUUACUUUAUCAAUAAAUGUUUGAAUAUUAUAUCUUGUCUGAUGUUUAUAAAGUAGGUAUCAAAAUAAGUAAUUGUGUUAACUACACAUUUUUAAAAUUAUUAUUUUCUAAUAUUUACAUCUCAAUGAUAAAUAUGUAUGCUCUAUAUAUUUCAUAUAUACAUUUCUUUAUUGAAUUAUUAAAAACUACAAUUUCAGUUUGAUCAAAUUUUCUACUAAAAAGUAAUAAUGUAUAAAAUAAAUAGUAAGAAAACUUAAGGUUUCAAAUUUGUUAUUUUGAAUCCAUGCAUAGUAAACUAAUGGACAAAUUAUUCAAUAUUUAAUGAUUCAGGGCUUUACUUUUGGGAGACUGAGUAUCCCAUCUAAUUUGUCAUAUAUUUCAUUGUACUUUAUGUCUCUUUUUUCAGUAGGGAAACACUGAUUGGAAGUAUGUUAUUUUACUAGUAGACUAACUCAGUUUCCAAAAAAUACAUUUACUGUUUUUUUCGGUUAAUAAUUAAUAAACUGUAAAUGAGUACACCGUAUAGGUGUACUCAUUUUUAAGGAAUGUAUUUAAUAUUUUUAUAUUAUUAGAAAAUAUUAACAGUACUUUAUUACUUUUAUUUUUAAUUAUUAACAGAACAUAUUAUAUUGUACUAAAUAUAUUAAAAUCUGUAGCCCAGGCCACCCUAAAGGUUGGACAACUUUGUAUUAAAGUACUAGAACUAUAUUUUACUCAUAAACUGGAAUUGUUUUUUCAAUCAAAUUAUGUGUUUGAUUCUUUUGUAGCUGCUGGACAUAGUCAUGUUGAAUUUAUCACUUACUGAUUAUAUGUUUUAGUCAUAACUUUAUUUAUUUUGAUUUAAUAAUUAGUUGUACAGACGUACUGUAACCGCAUGCAUAUGGGAUUGGGUCAGAUUCGUAACCUUUCCUCUUUUACUUAAGAUAAACACUAAAUUGAAUCAAUAAUAUAUUUGAAAAAUAUGUAAUAAUAUAUAUCUAUUUCAUAUUCCUUUUAUUGGUUACUUCUUUAAUUUCUUAUUACUGAGUAAUGAUGCGAAAGUGGAUAUAUAUUCUAUUCUCUUUAAAUAUAAAAAUACUACAAUUAAAACAAUUUUGUUUUAGAUAUUGAGCAGUCAUUUUUUAAUAAUUUUUAAAAAUUGUAAUACCAUUUCCUUUUAUAGUUUUAUCAUUUUUGUACAAACAUUAUCAAAAGUUUUAUACCUAGUGGUAUGUAGACUAUCAACUGUUUGAAGAAUGUGCUUUAGGUUGUUUUAUUUUAAUUAAUUAAGAAUAUAAUAAUUAUAGGUAUUAUAGAAACAAGACAUUUCACCCAACAUUGAUUUUAGCAUAACCCUUAUAAUAUUAAAAUGAAUAAAUAAAUAAAUUCAAUUUUGAAUAUUUAUAUUCGCUAAUUGUGCGAGUGUAUUGCAGAAUUUAUUGUGAUCACUAUUAUUUUAAAGAUUGUUAAGUAAACUAUGUGUCUAUCGUACAAAUAUUGGUAGCUCUUUGGUUUAUUGUGUUGAAUAUAUUUUAAGAGUUUGAGAUGUAAAUAAGCCCCGAGGUUUGUUUUUGAAGGUAAAUUAUUUUUGUUUAGUACUUUAAAAUUAAUUUUAAAUCAAAAUAUAUAAAAACUGUUAAGUGAUUCCAUAAAAGUAGUAGAUGGAACUAAAUAAUUUUAAUACAAAUUCUUAAUCAUAAUUAUUAAUAUAAUGAAUUAAUAAUAUUUUAUUAAUUAUAGAAUCAAAUCUUGAAAAUUGUGUACCUAUAUAUAAUAAUAAUAAUAAUAAAAGUAUGUAAUCAUAUUAUUGCCAUUAAUAAAAUCUUUGGGAGUUGAUAAUUAUUUUUAUUUUCAUUUAAUACUAACUGUUGAUAAAACAAUGACCAUCAGUUUUUAUUUUGUAGGGUCAAAAAUUACAAGUAUUUAGAUUCGGUAGUGUAAGGGGAUGUAAACAAGAUAAAAAAUGUUAGAUUGAUACCUCAUAUUUUUUAAUCAAAUUUGUUUAACAAGAUACAUUUCAAUUAACACGUAUAAUGGCCAUCUAAUAAAAAUAACAUUGAUUUAAACAAACGUUGGUAACAUCGUAAACGAUAUUUACACGUUUAGUACUACUAAGUUUUAUGAAACAGUAUAUCGUAUAAUUAACAUUAAAAUUAUUUUAAUUAAAUAAAAAAAAAUACCAAUUCAAGCUUGUAUUUUCUAUUUCAUGUUAAAUACUCAAAACUCAAAUAUGAUAGAAAUGUUUUGGAUGAAACCAGAUUUGAAUAAGCAACAGUGGGUAUCACUUUUAAACAAGACGUACAUUUAGUUAUUUUUCGAAAAUGAUAAGAAUAAUUAAUGGGAGAUAGACAAUCGACUGAUAAUCAUUUAAUCGAUAAUAUGGAUAACUGAUAACAAUUUUAUAUCGGGGUUACGCCACUGAUAAUACCAACAUUAUUUAAAAGUAAAUCGAUUCGUCUGAGAAUUUCGGCCCUAAGUGAAUGGAGGAAAUUAAUCGAAAAUAAAUCACGUUUGUCAUGCAAAAUCACGUCGGGUAGGUUUUUAUUUCGUGAACAAUAUCUUAAUAUGGGACCGGACCGCUUACCGAAAACGGUUCUUAAGAGGACGUUAUACCCGCAUCUACUGUCUUAGUCCAAGUACCGGGUAACAUGCGUAAAUAAUCCUUACGCAGAACAAGUAGAACUGGCUGAAUUUUGAUUUUAGAGUAAAAGUAUCUAUUAUGAAAUUUAUAAAGAACAAUAUUUUGUAGGGAAUGUCAUAGAGUUUUUGUAUUAUUCAAAAUAUACAUCACGAUAUCAAAAGUACAAAAAACUUUAUUUUUUUCUAUUUUUUAAAUAACUUUUUCAAAGUUCAAACACACCUUAACAUUUCAUAUAACUGUAUCACGCUAUUUUCAAGUACCAUUGAUUAAUAAAAUCGUGACAAAAUAGGUAUGUACACAGUUUUUUGAUACACACACCCCGCCAGUAAUAACUACCUAUUUCUUUAUUUCAUCUAUUAUCGUAAUUGGCUAACAUAAUGUAGACAUAAUUAUGUAGAUACAUUUUUUUCACUGUGGUCUAACAUUAGUACUACUGAUAGUAGUAGUAGGUUGGGUGCGGAGGUGAUAAAACAGAAACAUAACGUACCGAUUAUACUUGGGUAUCUAUUUUGUUACGAUGAAAAUAACGAUUCACGAGAUCAUUUAAACUCUUUUGCUGGUCUUCUUGUACGGCUUGAUAAAGUGAAUGGUGUAUAGCGACUGGUAGUCUUGUGCAAUCAAAAUUACCGAUACAAGAGACAUUUGAAAGAAAACACGUGUCGUUAAGUAUUAGGUUGAACGAAUGCAGUCCUCUAGUGGUAUUCGAAAAACUGUGUACUAGGUAGGUAGUGAAAUGUUAGAAUGUUAAGUGCAAGCGUACCUAUUUCUUCGGAAGUUGAAACUAAUGGAGACGAGGCGGCUGAAUGUUACGCACACACUGGAAGAGUGUUACCAUAUUAUAUUUUCUACGCCAUGCGUUAAUGCUAUACAUGAUAAAAACCGUCAGAUAUUCAAAAAAAUUCUAUAUUUAUCUGUAGGUGAAUUUUCUGAAAAUGAAAUGUCUAUGUUGAAACAUAUGAUUGUAUCGUAUUAUAAUGAUUAAAAAUCUUAAGUAUCCAACAUAUAUAUAUAUAUAUACCUGUAUAUUUACAGAUAGAUACCUACAUAGGUACCCGAUAGAAGUAUACGUUCUACAACAUAUUGUUCUAAUCAGUUUUUCUCAUAGUCGUUACAUUCAUUAUUCGUAAAUAUUUAUGUAAUUUGUCAUUACCUAUCCGGAAAAUUAAUUUCAUUCAUUAUUUUCUUUAUACUGAUUAGGUUACCUACUUCGAAAAAAUAAUAUCGCUACACGCGUGUUUAUUACUAAAGGUGUUUUGAACCUAACCUGACUACUACGUACUAUUACAAUGCAAGUGCUUUUGGUUAUUUAAUUUAUUAUACAAUGUUGCAUCACUUAAUUUCUUUUUUUUUCCUGUGCCCCUUUCUUCUUGUGUUAGGAAAUCAGCUUCCUAUUUUUUUUUUUAACAUACGCGAUACACAUCAAGUAUUCAUGUCUAUAAUGGCCAAUGGGAGGGGUCGUAUUGCUUUAGUUGAUCCCCUAACCAAUGUCCCAGCUGUCUUAUACCACCUGGCCUCUGUUCUCCCGCCAUACAUCCUUAGUGUAGUAUAUAGUAGUCUCCCCACAUGUACAUUUAAAAAUUUUUUUUUUUCAUAACAUGUCGUUUGCUUUGUUGUUACUUUGAACUUUUAUACAUUUUGGAAUUGAAUUUAAAAAUAAAAAGUUUUCUAUUUAAUGUUUCCAUGUCUAAGCGACCUUAUAAGUGUGUUGGUGUUCAGGAAGAAUAUCAUUAUAUUUGUAAUAAACGAAUGCUUUUAACACCGCAAAACGAUGAGUAAGUCUUUAAAAUACUUGUUUAAAAUAUUCAUUUUGAAUUAUAUUUGCUUUUUAUUAUUAUUAUUAUUAUUUUGUAGUUAUUAAUUAAAUGGGUACCUACAAUGACCUAAUAAUGACCUGAUUAUUUUAAUUAAACAUUAUGAAAAUAACAAAACCAAAUUAAUAUCUUUAUCUUUAUUUUGUAUGGAUUUAUCUUAUUUAAAUCACAUUAGUUGGUAGGUAUGUAUUUUAUAAUUUCAACUUUUGUUUGAAUAAUGACUUAUUCAUAAUAAAUGGUAAAAAUAUAAACUAUAUUAACAUUUUUUAAGUUUGAACUAGAAAAUUUGAAAUUUCUAAAUGUAUUUAUUAUAAUAUUGAAAGUACUUGUAUGUUGAGUUUUUUUAGAAUAACUUGUGUAAUAAACUUGUUGCAUUAAAACCAGUUAGUAUAAAGUAUUUUAUUUUUUAUUUUUUCUAAUAAUAUUUAUUUUAAAUGGCGGAAUUAAAAUAGGUAAAAAAUUGUUUAAUGUUAGAAUAUACAUUAAUAUUACUAUUGUCUAAUCAUUUAUAUAAAUAUUUAUAAAUAAUUAAUUUAUCUUAAAUCCCACAGAUAUAUCAGUUUUAAAUUUUUGAAAAAAAGCCCAAGUUUAACACGUAUAGGUACCUAUUUUAAGUAGUAUUUAUUAAUUUGUGCAUGUAAGUUAUGAAUGAAGAUAAUAACAGAAUAAGUAUAUUGCCUGAAAAUUAAAUUAAGAAAAAACAAACUUACCAUUACAUUUUUUUUUUAUAUAAGAUUUAAUCAUUUUAAUUAAUUAGUUAAUUGAUCAAUCUAAAUUAAUUUAGGAAAUACAAUUUGUAUUCAAUUUUUUUCAAGACAUUUUGUAUUAUAUUUAUUAUUUUGUUAACUUCUUUUUCCAUCUGCAUAUUUUUAUAAUUAGUGUAUAAUUGUGUUCUUUUUUAAGAAGGGUCCAAGAAACAGGAUUUACGGUCUAUAGACCCCAUAGGUUUUUGUUGUGUACAAAAAUGAUUUGGUCACAUUUGUAUGAGCACAAAAGAAUUAACUCUCAUUCUAAUUAUAUAUAACAACCACACUAAAUAAUAAUAAAUAUUUUCUAAAAAAAGUCUUGAGUUAUGUUUUUAAUAGUAUUUAAAUUAGGUUUAUCUAAAAUUAAAAGUAUAUAAAAAUGUAUUGUUACGAAUACAUACUAAACAUGUAUAUUAAAAAUUAUUAUUUUUUUUAUAUUUAUUAGGUCCAGAUCAGGUUACGAUAGCGAAACGGAUGAUGGAGAAGAUUCAGAUGAUUAUGCGGUGCCGCUUGGUAUCCCGAUAUUGCCGGGUGAAGAUGUGUCAGGCCGGCGGUUGGUUGAUUAUAAACCAUCAAAUAGCACCUCCAUCAAUAAGGGUCGCUGGACCAAAGAAGAAGUUAGUUAUAAAUAUGUAGAAAAUUACUCCAAUAUUAUUUUGUUACAAAAAAUUGAAGGGAUGUAACAAUUGUUUCAGAUAAUUAUUCACUAUUUUAGACAACAUCUGAAAUAGUGAUAAAUUAUUGAAAUGGUACUGUAUUGAGUCCUCAAAUAGUAUACAGGCUAUCUCACAAAGAUAUACUCCUUGAAUAUCUCUUGAGAUAAUAAAGAUAUUCAAAUUCAGUUUAUUUAUAUUCCUCACAGGGAGGACUACAAUAUUUAUUUUUUAGUAAAACAAUUUAAAAAAAUUAACUUUUCAUUUUAUUUUUUUCAAAAAAUUUUAAGAUAACCUCUUUAAGAUAGAGUUUAUUUUUUUGAAAAUUUUAAUAUAUCUCACAUCUAUUCCGAUGAAUAGUAUUUAAGUAACAGCCAUUUUAAAUUCUACUAAUCCUUGUGAAAACCGAUGUUAUCUAGGGAAUAACCUCACCGCGUUAAGUGAUAACAUUGUAACAAUAUUGUAAUAUUAAUAUAUACUUAAUAGUCUAAAAUUUGAUUGUUAUUUUGCAGGAUAUGCGGUUGAAGCAACUUGUAGAUGAAUAUCAGGAAAGGUGGGAUAUUAUUACUCAACAUUUUAAUGACCGUUCAGAUAUUCAGUGUCAACAGCGAUGGCACAAAGUUGUAAAUCCCGAUUUAGUCAAGGGACCCUGGACAAAAGAAGUAUGUUAAGGUUAUGUUGAUUUAUGAAAUACCUACAUACAAUUAUUUUAUUGAUAUUUUUAUUAAUAUUAGGAAGACGAAACUGUUUUGGAAUUAGUAGAAAAAUAUGGGCCUAAAAAAUGGACUCUAAUUGCAAGACAUUUAAAAGGCCGAAUAGGUAAACAGUGUCGAGAGCGAUGGCACAAUCAUUUAAAUCCAAAUAUAAAGAAAAGUGCUUGGACAGAUGAAGAGGAUAGAAUUAUAUUUAGGGCACAUAGUCAAUGGGGAAAUCAAUGGGCUAAAAUUGCAAAGUUGUUACCAGGAAGGUAAUUUAAUAAUCUGAUUUUCCACUGUUAAACACACAUUUACAAAUUAGUUUGUUUAUUAUUUAAGCUAUAUUCUAUAUUGUAUGUCUUUUUAGGACAGAUAAUGCGAUAAAAAAUCAUUGGAAUUCAACUAUGCGGCGGAAAUAUGAAAUUGAUGAAAAAGGUGAAGUGUAUGGUAAAAAUUUAUUAAAACCAAAAACAAAAAAUAUUAGAGCUCCUAUGGAAAACCGAGAAGAAUCUUCCAAAACUUGUGUAUUACCGGCCAGUGAAUUAGAGUACAUUACCGUAGCUGAUAUGCCAACACAAGUAAUUAAAAAUUAAAUUAUGAAUAAUAUAUUAUUAUAUUACUAAAUACACUAUGACUUUGUAGUAUCUCGGUUGGGUACCUCCAAAAUAUAUACCGGAUAAUCAGAUUAAAGUAGAUUCUGAUCAAGAUGUCCUAGAUAAAGCUGAAGUGGUUGCAGCUGCAGAAGUUUUAAAUUCUUUAAUGACACCUCAGAAGAAAAAUCAAAGUACAGUUAAUAAAGAUAAUUUGUUCAAAAUAAAUUUAAAAUAUGAGUCACCACCCAGGCCGGCUUCUGUACCUUUGCAAACUAACUCGCCUUCUUGUUACUCACCAUACAGGUAUUAUAAACAGUUAUAAUUCAUUUUAUAGUAUGUAUAAUUAUUUAUUAUAUUUUAGAUUAUUUGAGACUGGAGGGUAUAUUGAAACUCAACAAAAUAGUAGUAGUAGUGUUGUGGGUAGUUCUCCGGAUGAAGGGUAUGCAGAGCUUCACCUCGUCACCCCUACCAAAACGCCAAAAAAAAAUUUCUGUCCAGAAAUUUGUAAGUAAUAUCAGAAAUGUAAUUGUAUAUAAUUGAAUUUAAAUUUGUUUGUUUGUAGUUUAUCAAUAUGAUGUUAAUUCUCCAAAUAAGACAAGUAUAUUUUCACCAAAUAAUAGAGUUAGUCGGAGACGUAGGAGUUUUUCAGAAUAUCCUGAAAUUGGAAUGAAUUUACAAUGCAGUGUAAGUUAAAAAAAAAUGAGCUAAUUUUGUUUACAUUACCUUUUAUGGGUAAAGUAUUUAAAGUCAGUGUAGGUAUUUCACUUAGUUUUGAUUUUACAUUUUUGGAAAAGCUUUUUGAGUUUGAAAAAAUAAAUACUACUGUGAGCACAUUUAUUAUUUUAUUGAAAGGUAAGAAAAUUUGGUUUAAUUAUUUAUUUUAUGGGUGCUUUUUAUGGUAUUUAUUUCUUAACAUACUGUAUUUGGCAUAAUUGGUACUACAUUUAUUUAAUUUUACAGCCAAAUUCAGUAUUGUAUUUAUACUUUAUCAAUAUUUAAUAAAUAAAUCUAAAAUUGCUGCAUGUGAUAUUAUUUUGUAUUUACAAUUAAUCAUCGGUGUUGAAUUUAUUAAAGUAAAUACCGUAAAACAUACAUAUCACCAUACAGCAUUAUGGAUUUCUGAUUUUUAAAUAUUUCAUUUCAUUAGUUUUAUUUUAAAAGGAAUCUACUUCUUAAUUACUCUUAAAUUUUAGUGAACAUUUUGAAAUAUUGCAUUUUUAUUGUGGUUUUUAGAAGUAUAAUCUUACAAUAUUGAAUUGUCAAAUAACAAUUUUAUCUAAAGUUAUAUUUAAGUUUUAUUUAAAGUAAAUUUCAGAAAUUUAAGUUUUAAAUAUAAUUUAUAAAAAUUAAACAAGAUAUACUAUUCAAUCUGUAUUCAACUGACUUGACACUAUUCAGAAUAAGAAUAUACCGGGUGGUGGAUAAAAAAAAACCCUGUUUGCGCAAUUUUCACCUUUUUGGCAACUGGCACCAUUAUAAUUUACAGCAACAAUUUGGUGGUGGUAGGUUUACAGCCUCCACCCACAUUCACCCAGCUUUGUCCUGUAUAUAUGAUACUGGUAUACUAUUCUGAAUAGAGUUAGAUAUUUGCGAAAUGUGGUGUUAAGCAUGGGGGAUUUUAGUUUAGUUUUUAAAGCAUGUAAUUUUAAAAUUUGAUUUGAUUUUUUUUGUAUAUUCAAUUUGAAAAAAUGUUUUGAGAUUUUUGUUGUAAAUUUUGGUUAUUAAAAUUAUUGUAAUCUGUUUUCUAUAUAAUUAAUUUCAUAGUUAAUUAUUUAAUACUGGGGUUUUUAAUAAUAUUUUUUUAUUAUUUAUAUAAAAUUUAUUGUAUAAUGCAAUGUUUAUUGAUGAAUAACUAACUUAAUUAAAAAAUAAAUUUAUUUUCUAAUUAAGUCAUUUAUAUUAUAAAAUCAUAAGAUCAUAGAUUCUUAACAAUUAACAAUAAUUUGAUUUAUUGUGAAAUUAUGUUUUAAUAGACAGAAAGGAUACGGGUAUAUGACACUCUAAAAUUAAUAGCAAUAAUAUGAUUUAAUAAUAAUAAUAUAUGUAGUUACUUUUUUGCCAGAUACUGUAUACGACCAUUAUAGCAAUUCAUUUUAAGGGCGCAGUUAUACAUUAUUUUUGGGUGAAGGUUAUGGAACAUUUAUUUGAAUCACGCUAGUAUUUUAUUCAAAGUUAAAGUAAUUAUAUUUAAUAGUUAAAUUAACAACUAAAUCAUGAUUUCUGUUUUAAAUGUUCAUUUCAUAGUUAUCUACUCUGGUUGGAAAAAUUUCGUACCUCAUUAUACAGUUAAACAUGUAUAAGUGUCAAAAAAAAUAGAAUUAAUGAAUUAAUAGUACUAAUUAUUUAAUUGGUAUUGAUCAAUAAUUGAUAUUUUAUACAGGAAAUAAAUAUUUGAUUGAUCAUCAUACUAAGAUCAAGUUGCAUAAAAAUUAGUCUAUAAAUAUAUCUUAAAUUUUAAGGAAAAAGUUCUUAAAUCAAUUUCAUAAAAAAAAAGAUUGACAUACUUCCCACAAUGGGUGGGCCACUGUUGUAGGUGAGAUGAUAAGAAAUUAGGAUAUAGAGGUUAAUUUAGUGUAUUUGUACACAAAAAUUAAUCAUUGAUUACUAAAAAAACAAUUCUAAAUGGAAUUUGAUUAUAAAUGUUUUGAAAGGCCUUAAUAUAUUCGAUUUUUUUCAAAAUUUGAUGUUAGAAAUUCUUAUAAAGAACCACAGUUAACAAAUAAAUUAAAUCACAUUUAUUUGAUAACUGACAUAACAGUAGCUUCUUGCUAAAAAUAAACCAUUAUAUAAUAUUUUAACUAAUAAAUAGUGGUAAUAAAACAAUUUUGCAUUUUUUCAUAUCACCUUUCAUUGAAAAUUCCUGGCUACUUGCCUGCAUGUUCGUAAAUGCGCUAAUGAUUCUGUAAAUCGCCAUAGAAAGUUAAUGCAACUUAUUUUUUAGGUUGUGUUCCAUACCUUUAGCUUAAGUUGUUAACCAUAGUUACUUUAUUAAAAUUUUAAUCGUGCUAAAAGGAUACCUGAAAAAACUUUUCUAUAAACAAUCAAAUAAUAUUUUUGUAAAUUUAGAAAUUUGACCUCGAGAAAUGAAACAUUUUGAUUUAUCAUAAUUAUGUUCUUCAUUUUGAAAUCAAGAAAAACUACUAUCCAUUAUAAUUCAGAUUUAUAGUAUUAACAUAUUACGUGUUGCACCAUUCUCUAACUCGAGUAGAUAAAUAUAACUGGUAUGAAUACAUGCCUGUAAUACAAUUAAUUAAAAAAAAUAUUUACAUAUAUGUAAUCAACAUCUAAAAUUAAAAUUUUUUCUCUGGGUAUUUUUUUUUUUUUUUUUUGAUUUUACUAAACAUUUUUAUUCAGAUGAAACAGAAAAUUGUUUAAAAUCUGAUAGAUUAGUUACUUAUCUAGAUAUCAGUUUAGUUAAGUGUAGAUUAACUUCUAAUAUUAACUUCAUGAUGAAUAAUUAUUAAUAAAUUAGUGAUUUUUCAAAAUAAAUGGGGAUUAGUUAUGUAUAACAUUGUUAUUUAAAUAAUCUUGUUUUACUUUAGAAUAAAUUAUGUAGACAAAAUUGGCAUUUUUUUAAAACUGGGUUUGAUUGUGUUUGCUUAAAAAAAAAAUUGAGAUGUGUGUGUCUUUGUGGUCUAGACUAUUUUGUCAGGCUUGAGCAUACCUGGAACGCCUGAGAAACGAACACCAAUAAAACAACUUCCGUUCAGUCCCUCACAAGUAUGUAAAUAAUAUGUUAUGAUUUAAUUUCCGUCGUAUAUUGUUUUAUAUUAUUUUCAUUAAAUGUACAACUGCUAAUACAUAUGCAUGCAAUUGACCCAUAUGUAAGCAAUUAGUUAUUUUGCCUAUUCAGUAAACUCAGUCUUCGUAGUUUGUCUUCAAGGUAUAAUUUAUGGUAAUCAUUCUUUUUUUUCUUAUAAUAUUUUUUCAUAUAAUAAUUAUAUGUGUGUAUCUUUUGGUAUAUUUGUAUUGGAUUUAUAUUGUGGUAUUGUAAAGUAUAUUAUUAAUGAUUUUAAAUAAUUAUAAACUUUUAUUUUCUUUAAAUAUUUUUAUUUAACAACUAAUUAAACCAACAGAUUUUAAUCAAAAUGGAUAAAAAUCUAAUGGUUUGUAUCAUUUGGCUUUGCUUUUAAUUGUAUAUACUAUUCAUUGUUUUAUUAAUUAUAAUAGUUUUUUUGCAUACGGUGGUUUGUUAUAUUUUAUUUUGCAUAUUGUUUUUUGAAAUAUGAUUGCACUUUUUAUUUGUAUAAAUUAAUGUAUUUCGGGUUUAGAUACACUCAAGUAACAACAAAGAUGAAAAAUCUACACAAUUAAUUUCUAUAUUAAUGUAUUAAUUUACUCCUUGUUUUAUAUUUAAAUUUUAUUACCUGUAAUGUAUUUAUAACUUAAAUAUUUUAAAUUGUUGUUACAUUAGAGUGUUUUCCUCAAUGCAUAUUAUAUGAUUACCAUUUCUUUUUUUGCCAAAAUGGUUUUAUGUAUAUCUAAUGCUCUUAAAUGUUCUUAGUUUAAGUUAAAUUAAAAGAUUUUUAACAUUUUAUUUAUUUUACUUUUUAGUUCCUUAAUAGUCCAUCGUUAUCAUUUGAUGUUAAUUCAGCAUCAACGCCUGUCAGACGUCUAUUAGUUAGCAGUAGUAGUAAGCCAAAUGAGGAGAUUAGUGAUCAAGUUACUAAAGCAGAAACUUUGGUCACACCAAAUUUAACUUAUAAAUUUUCCGGAAGGAGUCGGGACGAUGUUAAAACUCCAGAAACAAUUUGUAAAAUUAACACUCCUCAUACACCAACACCGUUCAAAAUUGCUCUCGCAGAAGCUGGUCGUAAAAUGGGUGUGAAACAUUUGGUAUGUAAUAUUUUACAUUAUUUGAGUGUACCAUACUAAAAUAUUUGUGUAUAUCAUUAUCAGGCUCAAUCCCCAUCAGCUUUAAUUGAAGACAUAACUGAUUAUAUUAAGCAAGAGGAUCGAGUUAAAAAAGAAUCAGAACUUUCUGAUUCACAAUAUGAAACUGAUAGUUCUAAUAUGUUCUGUGUAAUAAUUUUAAUUAUUUGUUAUGUUUUAAUUAUCGUUGGUUUUAUUACAUUUUUUAAAAUCAUUAUUAAAUUGUCUAGGAUACUAAUGAUACAGUGGCAUGUGGAAAAGAGAAUGCAGAACCUGUGUCACCUACACCUCAGAAAAAAGCAAGAAAAUCUCUUGCUCCAGUUUGGGCUUCUCCCACUGCUUCUUGGAAUCAGCCUAUCGAGACUACUGUAAGUCAUUUUUUUUUUUAUUAUAUUAUUUUUAGUAUGGAUUCAUCAAAUCAGCGGUUCCUACUAGGAUUUUGGAAAAUUAUUUGUGGGCUUCAUGGGAUUAAUGAGUUUUAAUUUAUGCAAUAUUGACCUAAAAAAAGUCUUUGUUGGAUGUAUUUUUAUUUUUAUUAAAUUAACUUAACUUAACUCAUGCUCACACUAUAUAACUUAUUUAAUCUGUUCAAUUGUUAGUUCAAUAAAAAUUAGAAAUUGACAAAUAAUAUAAAAAAGAAUAAUAACAUUAACUAAACAAACAAUAUUACAUGUAUUUUAUUCUAUUUAUAAUUUAAAAUUGUAGAGUGCUUGAUUUUAGUUUUAGUACAGGCUCUACAAAAUUUGCCGCAUGCCUCGUAGUGGGGAAUGCUGAUCUAUUAUAUGAAUAUUUUAGUUUAUGUUAUUUAUAUGUUAUUAUAGCCUGUAUAUGAAUAAUAGAAGUACCUAUUAUAAAUUAAAUUUUUUAAACAAAUUUAUAAACAUUUUAUAGAAUUUAUUAUAAACUAAUACAGUUUAACAUGACUAAUCCUAUACAUUUGAUAUAAUAUUGUUCAGUCCAAUUUACUGAGUUCUAAAAAUAUAUUUUUUUAGUCUAAAACAAUUAGAGAUACUAACACUGGAGAAGUAUACACAACAACAAAUGUAGAUGAUGUUUCAAAACACAUGUUUACAUCUGAUGAAUAUUCAUCUUCAAAGGUAAAAAAUAGUUUUUGUAUAAUCAUCCACACUAUAAUUUGGUUUGAAGAGUGAAUAUAAUAUAUCAUACACCAAACCGGUCAUCUUUUUUUUAUUUUUUGUAAACGUCCGUGUUUAGAUUUGACAUUUUUAUUCAUUUUUUUUAUUUCUCGUAACUUAGAUUUUUUUGUUUUGUUUUGUUAAUAUUUUUCAGGUAUUUGGGUGAGUAGGUCAUUAAAAAAACCUAGUUUUUCUUUAUCACUCUUUUAAAAUUAUUGCACCAUUAGAAUAUUAUGUUUUACUUCAAAUUAUUGUUUUGCACGACACUUUAAAAUAUUUAGUUUAAAUUACUCUUAAACAAACAAUAGUAAUGGCAAACUACUUUUUUGAAUGUAUGAAAGGAGUAUUUCAAAAAUUCUAAAAUAAACGUAAGAAAUCAAUUGUAUAACAAGCAAGUAUGUGUUUAAGUUGAUAAUUGUUACUUUUGUUGAUUGUUUAUUAUUAGAGUAACAGUUUUGUAAGAAAUCUGCAUACAUUUAGAUUUUAAUUAUGAUUUAUUAUAUUCUUAAAAGUUAUGAGAAAGAUCGUUGAAAAAAUGUAUUAUUUCAACAUACCUACCCUUUUUUUAAGGUACUUAUGUUAAUGUUCCUCUAUUUUAUUGGAUCCACAUCCAUAAAAACCUUAAAUUAAUUUUUGUCAAACAUAAGAUGGAUCGUGGCUAUUUGAGUAAACUGCAUAAUUUUUAAGCAUGUUCACCAAAAUAUAUGGCAAGUUGAAUUAUACUUAAACAAUGAAACUAUCUAAAUUUUAUUUCUAUUAUUUUUGCAUACAAAUUAUAAAUGUGAUGAGUGUGCUUAAAAUAAAAAAAAAAAAUUUGUGUGUAUGUACUUUCUUUUAUGUAUGUUGUUCUGUUUUCGAGUAUAGAGUGUAUUAAAAUAUAAUUUAUUCACUAAAUUUUAUUAUUUACACAGUAUUUUAGAUUCACGGUAAAAUAGAAAUUAUGUUUUUUGUAUUUUUAAUGUAAUUUUUUUUUUUCUGGACUUACGGUAUAAGGGUAAAAAUGAACAGGAAUUAGAUUAUUAAUAAAUAAAUACAAUUUAUUUUACUAUUUGUCAAGUAAUAUUUAAAAAAAUUGUUCUUAUUUACCCUUGUAUAUGUCUAAUUAUCCUUAUGCAUGCUUUUUUAAAAUAUUACAACUUUUUUAAAUUAAUAAAUCACAUAUUUUAAAGAACAAUAAACUAGCCAUACAAAUUUGUAUUUCUUUAAUUAAAUAUGAUAUGAAUUUAAACAUUUUUUUUACAUUUGUAGUUUAAAUUAUGAAAUAUACACUAAAAAAUAUGAAAAUAAAUUUUAUUGUAUUUUUCAUUAUUUUUAUUUCAUAGAUAUAUAUUGUUUCUUUAUUUAAUUGUUAGCCAAAGAUUUGAUGAAUUAAAAUAAAUAUACUAAAUAUACUAUAAUAUAAAUUAUAAAAUCAUAAUUAUUGUGGUUUAUUGUCUUAUACUAGGUUCUCAUAUUACAUCGAUUUAAUGGUUCGUUAUAUGCAUUUAUAUAUUAUACAAAUAUAUCAUGAUUAGUGUUAUCCCCUUAAUUAUUUGUAUUAUUCAAACCAUUUGCAACUAUUUUUUUUAUUAACUAAUAAAUUGUUAACAAAGACUAUAUUUAUAAACUUAAAUCAAUAAUAAAUAUUUUAAUUAAUUCCGUUCACAAAAAUACUGUUUAUUUAUUUUGGAAUGACAUUUAAUUUAUUUUUAGAAAUUUCGAUCCCAAUAAUAUUUGCUGCAGGCAUUUACAUUAUAUUAGAAAAAAUAAACUAUUGUAACUGUAUUAUUUUUUAAAUGCACAAUUUAUUCUUCUUUGGAAAUGCUUCAUAUUUUUAAUAACUUGAAAUAUUAUAUUAUUAUUUAUUUUUUUAAGAAAAAGUAAUAAUAAUUAGUAGUAGCUAUUCUUUAUUAUUAUGGUGAUGGUGUAGUAAAUGGUGGUUGUAUGUAUUGUUUUGUGAUGACCAGAAUGGCUCUAAUGCCUCACCAGACGUCUCGCAAACUACAGUUAUCCGGAGACAGUUACCACAAUCGUCCGAUGGCAGCAGUGUCCUCAAGCGUCUUCACAUUGGGAGUCCACACGGACAAAAAUGGUCAGGCCUCGUAUCCAAGGUAUGCAAUAAUUCCAAUGGAAUUAUUUAUAAUUAUCAAAGUAAAUUUUUGCUGUCAAUUUGAUUAACCAAUGGAUUUGUUUGUUAAAAAAAAAAAUACAAAUUACUUUAUACAUAGGAUGAUGUAAGGUGGAAGAUUACAUGUGGCAAAACCACUGACCAACAAGAAAUGACAGCUUUGGCUUACCAAUGUUUACAAAUGAAAAUGCCGCACAAAAACCAUAAUGCAAAAGUGCCUGGAUUUAAACCACGACAGUUAACAUUUUAGUUACUUAAUAUUUAUUUUCCUUUGUUGUUUUAUAAUAAGUACAAAAACUAAAAAGGUAUGUGAAUUAGCAAUUAUUUUAUUGACAAAAUGUUACUCAAAUUUUAUGAGUGAAUUUUUUUUCAAGUUUUCAUUUUUAAUUAUUUUAUAUGUUGUAUCAUUUUUUUUGUUUCCCAUAUUUUGUUAUUUAUUCUUCUUUUUUAUUUAAAUUUUUUUCAUUUUGUAAUUGAAUAUCUGUAAUUAUUUAGUGUGACCAACUGCAAUUUUAUAGUAACUUUCAAUAAUAUGAAUUAUUAAUUAAUUUUAUAUAUAAAUAUAUUGUUCAAUAUUUUUAUUUUGUGAUUAAUUACUUAAUUAUGAUUUUAUUUUAAUGUUUUCUUUUAUUUUGUAUAUAUCUAGUUAUGUAUAUUUGCACGUUUAAAAUUUAACUUCGAUUUAUUUUUUGCUUUUCAGCACUACCAUUAACAUUUUCAUAUUUGAUAAAUAUUAGUAUUUGUGAGAAUUAAAUAAUUCAUUUGUAUUAUAAAUGAUUUUGUACCAAAAAU